GCGGCCGGGGGAGCGCUACUACCAUGAACUGCUUGGUCCUCCUCCCCAGAGCUGCUCAUCCGGGUCGGGCUGGAGACACAGUCAGGGGACCCCGCCGCCGCCGCCGUGCCCCGUUUUCUUUCAUCACCAUCUCCACUACCUUUUCCUCUUCUUCUUCCACCUUUUCUUCCUGCUUCCCCCCCUCCCCCGCCGCGGAUCCUGGCCGCUGCCCUCCAGACCCAGGAUGCCGGGGGGCAAGAGAGGGCUGGUGGCGCCGCAGAACACAUUUUUGGAGAACAUCGUCAGGCGCUCCAGUGAAUCAAGUUUCUUACUGGGAAAUGCCCAAAUUGUGGACUGGCCUGUAGUUUACAGUAAUGACGGUUUUUGCAAACUCUCUGGGUAUCAUCGAGCUGACGUCAUGCAGAAAAGCAGCACUUGCAGUUUUAUGUAUGGAGAAUUGACCGACAAGAAGACCAUUGAGAAAGUCAGGCAGACUUUUGACAACUACGAGUCAAACUGUUUUGAAGUUCUUCUGUACAAAAAAAACCGAACCCCUGUUUGGUUUUACAUGCAAAUUGCACCAAUAAGAAACGAGCAUGAGAAAGUGGUCUUGUUCCUGUGUACGUUCAAGGAUAUUACGCUGUUCAAACAACCGAUAGAGGAUGAUUCAACAAAAGGUUGGACAAAAUUUGCCCGAUUGACACGGGCUUUGACAAACAGCCGAAGUGUUUUACAGCAGCUUACACCAAUGAAUAAAACAGAGACAGUCCACAAACAUUCACGACUAGCUGAAGUUCUUCAGCUGGGGUCAGACAUCCUUCCUCAGUACAAACAAGAAGCGCCAAAGACGCCGCCACACAUCAUUUUACACUAUUGUGCUUUUAAAACUACUUGGGAUUGGGUGAUUUUAAUUCUUACCUUCUACACGGCCAUCAUGGUUCCUUACAACGUUUCCUUUAAAACAAAGCAGAACAAUAUAGCCUGGUUGGUGCUGGACAGUGUGGUGGACGUUAUUUUUCUGGUUGACAUCGUUUUAAAUUUUCACACGACUUUUGUGGGGCCGGGUGGAGAGGUCAUUUCUGACCCAAAGCUCAUAAGGAUGAACUAUCUGAAAACUUGGUUUGUGAUCGAUCUGCUGUCCUGUUUACCUUAUGACAUCAUCAAUGCCUUCGAGAAUGUGGAUGAGGGAAUCAGCAGUCUCUUCAGUUCUCUAAAGGUGGUGCGCCUCUUACGCCUGGGCCGUGUUGCUAGGAAACUGGACCACUACUUGGAGUACGGAGCUGCGGUCCUCGUGCUCUUGGUGUGUGUGUUUGGAUUGGUUGCCCACUGGCUGGCCUGCAUCUGGUACAGCAUUGGAGACUACGAGGUCAUUGAUGAGGUCACCAACACCAUUCAGAUAGACAGCUGGCUCUACCAGUUGGCCUUGAGCAUUGGGACUCCAUAUCGCUACAAUACCAGUGCAGGGACCUGGGAAGGAGGACCCAGCAAGGACUCUCUGUAUGUGUCCUCCCUCUACUUCACCAUGACGAGCCUUACAACCAUAGGAUUUGGAAACAUAGCUCCGACCACAGAUGUGGAGAAGAUGUUCUCGGUAGCCAUGAUGAUGGUUGGCUCUCUUCUUUAUGCAACUAUUUUUGGAAAUGUUACCACAAUUUUCCAGCAAAUGUAUGCCAACACCAACCGUUACCACGAGAUGCUGAAUAAUGUUCGAGAUUUCCUGAAAUUGUAUCAGGUCCCCAAAGGCCUUAGUGAACGAGUCAUGGAUUAUAUUGUCUCGACAUGGUCAAUGUCAAAAGGCAUCGACACGGAGAAGGUCCUCUCCAUAUGUCCCAAGGACAUGAGAGCUGACAUCUGUGUUCAUCUGAACCGGAAGGUUUUUAAUGAACAUCCUGCAUUCCGAUUGGCCAGCGAUGGGUGCCUGCGUGCCUUGGCAGUGGAGUUCCAAACCAUUCACUGUGCUCCUGGGGACCUGAUUUACCAUGCUGGAGAAAGUGUUGAUGCCCUCUGCUUUGUGGUGUCGGGGUCUCUGGAAGUUAUCCAGGAUGACGAGGUGGUGGCUAUUUUAGGGAAAGGCGAUGUGUUUGGGGACAUCUUCUGGAAGGAAACCACCCUUGCUCAUGCUUGUGCCAAUGUCCGGGCCCUGACUUACUGUGACCUGCACAUCAUUAAGCGAGAAGCCUUGCUCAAGGUCCUUGACUUCUAUACAGCGUUUGCAAACUCAUUUUCAAGGAACCUCACUCUCACUUGCAAUCUAAGGAAGCGGAUCAUCUUCCGUAAAAUUAGUGAUGUGAAGAAGGAGGAAGAGGAGCGGCUACGGCAGAAGAAUGAGGUGACUCUCAGCAUCCCUGUGGACCACCCAGUUAGGAAGCUCUUCCAGAAGUUCAAGCAGCAGAAGGAACUGAGGAACCAGGGCUCAGUGCAAAGUGACCCUGAGAGGAGCCAGCUUCAGGUAGAGAGCCGCCCUUUGCAGAAUGGAGCCUCCAUCACAGGUACCAGUGUGGUCACCGUGUCACAGAUCACCCCCAUCCAGACUUCUCUAGCCUGUGUGAGAACCAGUGAGCCCCUUAAGCAGAACAACCGUGACGCCAUGGAACUGAAGCCCAAUGGCGGUGCUGAGCAGAAAUGUCUCAAAGUCAGCAGCCCCAUCAGAAUGAAAAAUGGAAAUGGGAAAGGGUGGCUAAGAUUGAAGAACAACAUGGGGGCUCACGAGGAGAAAAAGGAAGACUGGAAUAACGUCACCAAGGCUGAGUCGAUGGGGCUGUUGUCAGAGGACCCCAAAGGUAGUGACUCAGAGAGCAGUGUGACCAAGAACCCGCUAAGGAAAACAGAUUCUUGUGACAGUGGAAUUACAAAAAGUGACCUUCGUUUGGAUAAAGCUGGCGAGGCCCGAAGUCCUCUGGAACACAGUCCUAUCCAGGCAGAUGCCAAGCAUCCUUUUUACCCCAUCCCUGAGCAGGCCUUACAAACCACACUGCAGGAAGUAAAACAUGAACUCAGAGAGGACAUCCAGCUGCUGAGCUGCAGAAUGACUGCCCUGGAAAAGCAGGUGGCAGAGAUUUUAAAACUACUCUCAGAGAAAAGUAUACCCCAGACCUCCUCUCCAAAGCCCCAAAUGCCACUCCAAGUACCUCCCCAAAUACCAUGUCAGGAUAUUUUUAGUGUGUCAAGGCCUGAGUCACCUGAAUCUGACAAAGAUGAAAUCAACUUUUAAUAUAUAAAUAUAUAUACAUAUAUAUUUGUCAAUAUAUUUAAAAUGGUAUAUACAUCUAUAUACAUACGUGUGUAUAUAUAGUAUAUACAUAUAUAUUUUCACUUGCUUUCAAUAUGAUGAACACAAUAUGGAUUUUGAUAUGUACAUACUGCAUGUCCAGCUGGAUUCUGGCCUGCCAAAGAAGAUUAUUCAAAACAUAGAUAUUGCUUGUAUAUUAUGCAGUUGACUGCAUGCACACUUUACAUUUAUUUAUAAUCUCUAUUCUGUAAUUAAAAAAAAGUAUGAAUUUUGUUAACUAAGGCAAUGUAAUCUUUGAAGAAUCAGGGUCCAACCUGCCAAUGUUGCCAUGACAAACUUGAUCUCAGGCUGAGUAUAUCGAGCUGUCAUUUCUUCACUAUUCUGUUUAUUUAAAAUUAUAGAUUAAUGUCAAGGGAGAGUUCAGCUUCUGAAGCUGUCAGACCAUUUUACGAUCUCAUGCCAUAGGGUAUUUUUCUGUAACUUAGUGUUAGGUUCUUUUUCCCUACAGGCAACGUUUGCUCCAUUGAAAUGACUGUGUUUUUGCCUACAUCUGAUGCCAGUGUCGGAUACUGAGAACUUACUGCUAUGGGUUUUGUGCAUGUAUUGCAUUUCCACUCAAUGAUACCUCUCCUUUUUAGCAUUGUAUUAGAUAGUAAUCAUUAGCUCUUAUGUAAAGAAUUCCCUGCUCCCUCCGUCUUGGAGAACAACUGUCAUUUUGGGAGCUGACAUUAUCAAUACCAUAAAUACUCAAUUGUUAAUAUAGUGUACAUUAUUAUAGAAACACUGCACCACAGGGUAUAAGAGCCUUUUAACAGUGUGUUAGAUAUGCUGAUUGUCCAAAAGGCGAUGAAUGGUCUACAUUUAUAUUUCCACAGCUCGUUCAAAAGGGGGUGUUGAAAGGCUCUUAGCAAAGAAACAUAUCAAAAUUUUAACUGCUAAUGAUAUACUUUUUUAAAAAGAACAUAGGCAAUUAGACAUGUUUUAAUUGCACCUUCGUGGCUUAGAAAGAAUGAAAUAUAGGUACAGAAAUGCCGACACAUGAUUUUGGUUGCUUGAAGAGGUGAUAGAUGAGUUGUGGUUAACUUACAAAAUAACCAACCUAGAAGGAUAACUGCUUUACUAUGACUGUAUUCUGAGUACAAAUUUCCCUAAGCUUUUGCACACAGUUGCAUUGUUGGCCUUCCGUUGGGUUGAUAACAAUAGACCACCAUGGCUCAGGCAGACCUACUCACAAAAGGCUUAUGGGGCUGACUGUCAUAGUCUUUUGAGGAACAACUCCUCUUCUGAGAAAGUGCCUAUUGUCAACCAAAAGAGACGUCACAAAUGUUGCGCUGUCUAUAUUUAGGCCCUCAGAUGAUAACACUCAAAAGGAAAUGCAGACCUCUCUUGAGAACCCAUGGAGGCUGUUUCUUAUCAGUCCCGGAGUUCCUGGAGUUCUUUCUUCCUGGGCACGUGCUUUUCAAUUGGUGUAGGCAUAAACUUUAAUAUCAAGAAUAAGGAGGCUGGUGUUUGCAUUAACCUGCAAAUGCAUGUCAGUCACUUGUGUAUUGCAAGGUUACACACAUACGUGCAUUAUAUAUGCCUAUAUACACAGGUGAAUUUACAAAAGCUGGUGACAAAAAUCAAAGAAAAAAUAUUUUGUUCUUUUAUACCCAAUUUCAUGUGCUUUUCUAUCUUCCAGUCUCUCUAAAGUUAUAGAAAGGAGAGUUACCGCAAUCAUACUGGAGAAGUAUAAGACAGAAAAUACAUUUAAAGUUCUUCACAUAGGAUAUGCCCCUUUGUUCUAGGACUCCUGGAAUGUAUAUUAGCUACAGUGGGUUAUGGUUCCUUUACUUCCCAUUACUCAAAAUGGACAUUUCCAGGGCCAGACAUUUCUGUGUUCUGCUAAGAUAACCUACCUGCCACAGGCAAAAGGAAGUGAAAUUACAAAAUUAGCCUUAAAAUUGAGGUUUGGGGGCAUUGUUUUAGCUUUUGCACUUGGAAGAGACCUUGUCCUUGACUUCAAAGACUACUGGGUUCUAGAGUGUUUUCUUAUUUGUUAAAGUCAAGUGUGACAAAUACCUUUAAAGCUGAAUGGGUGAUCAGAAAAACCAUGAGUGCAGAAACCAUUGUUCUGACUUUAGCUGCAUUCAAAGCCAACAGCUGGUCUCAAGCUGUAAGAGACUCACUGGCGCAGGAAACGGGUUUGAAAUGGAACGUGUGCCUUUCCGUAUCAGGCUUACAAACCUUUUCCAGGAUCUGACAAUGACUCAGACAGUUUUAGCUAAUGACGUACAGCUUCAGCCAUCAUGAGAUUUCUAUCUACACACAUGUUCCCAUAGGUGGGUAAGAAACAUAAUGGUUUUUUGAACUGCGCCGGGCCUUCAUUAGGGAGGGAAAGUAUCAAUUGCUUAUUUUCUUGGUGCAGUUUCCACAGUAUUCUUUUCCAGACCCCUGUCCUCUGUGUGCAUGGCACGAUGUACCAUGGCUGAAAUGCACCCUGCACAUAUUCGGCAAACGUUGUAUAUAGUCUUAGGUUUCCAGAUUUUAAAAUUCUCCACAGUAGAAUUUAGUCAGACUUUAAUGAAGGGUGAGAGCUUGUUUGCACACAUGUGCUAAUGAUACAUCACAUGUGCUAAUGAUACAUCACAUGUAUCAUGACUCUGGGUAGCCUCAGCCAGCACGCAAACAGUGCAGGCUCUUUGUGGGACCAGCUGACUGCAUGUUUGAGUCCUACACUGUAUAGGUGCUCUUGAUGCAUCCAGAAUAUUUUUUUAUUAUUAUACUUCUGAACAACGUACUAAUAGGAUUAGGUGGAUAUGUAUUUGAAAUGAAAACAUUUUGCAAGGCAAUCUAUCCAUCUUUAACUCUGUCAUGAUGCUAUGAUGGUGGAAGAUGAGACACUGUAUUAUGGGCAGGUGGUUUUGACAAGUAUCUUGAGAGCCUCGCACUGAAUGUGAUUUGGCAGACAGAAGAGCUUGUAAUAAAGGAUGAAUAGAAACCCCAACAGUAGAAAAAAGCGUCAAAGCUCAUAGUGCCUCCCAUUUACAUCAGUGACUUUGAAAUAGUUCAGGAAUAGUGGUCGAAUUUACAUUCAAACUACAUUCUUUUUUUUAAAGUUGAAAAUUAAUAUUUAUUUCAAAAUAUCUAAAAUUAUAGUCUUCUGAUUUUUUUAAUUUUUAAAACAAUCUUUUUUUUUUUUACAACCAAUCACAGUUCCCUCUCCCUCCCAUCUUCCUACUCCCCCAAAAUUCUCCCCACCAUACCCCCAUCCACUCCUCAGAGAGGGUGUGGCUUCCCAUGUGACAGACAUAAAUGCUGUCACAUCACUUGAGGCAGGACCAAUGGCCUCCCCCCUGUAUCUGGGCUGAGCAAGGUAUCUCUCCAGAGGGAAUGGGCUCCAAAGAGCCAGUUCAUGCAGUAGGGAUUAAUACUGGUUCCACAGCUAGUGGUCCCACAAACUACCUAAGUCACACACUGUCACCCACACUUAGAGGGCCUAGUUUGGUCUUAAGCAAGUUCCCCAGCUGCCAGUCCCACUGGUCGGGUCAGAUGUUUCUGUGAGUUCCCCAUCAUAGUCUUGGCCCUUCUGUUCAUAAUAUUACUCCUCUCUCUCUAUGGCUGGACUCCAGGAGUUCAGCCCAGUGCUUAGCUGUGCAUCUCUGCAUCUGCUUCCAUCAGUUACUGGAUGAAGGUUCUAUGGUUACAAUUAAGGUAGUCAUGAAUCUGAUUAGAGGGGAAGGGUAUUUUAGUACUCUUUCCUCUAUUAGAUUCUUAGCUGGAGUCAUGUUUGUGGAUUCAAAGGCUAGGCUCACAACCAAACUUCAUGCUUUAAAGAAUUUUAUUUUCAUUUCAAACCUGGUUGCACGUUUGUUACAGUUAAGAAAAUUCCCUACAACUUUGCAUUGGUCAGAGGACAGAGAGCUGUGAGAAUGUGGGGUUUUAAAUGGCUCCUAGAACAAUGGCCUACUCAGUACUUUAAUAGGAAUGUCAAUUAUAAGAGCAAACCAAAAUGAAAGUUUGAAAAUUAGUCUAACUGGACUCCAAAUACAAGUCAUAUGGAAUUUAAGGAGAUAUUGUUUACCUGUGAGAACCUGGGAAACUUCAGGAUUCUUUUGGAAAAAAACCUGUUGAUUUUGUUUUGUUUUAUUUAAGUUAAUCGUCAAAGAAGUGCCUGGAAUUGCGCAGCAGUUGGUCCUUGUGAAAUUGUCCUUUUAAAGAGUUUUGAGGUUAUAAUUUAAUUAUAAUAUUUUCCCUUCCUGUUCCUCCCUCCAAACCCUUCCACAUACCCCUCCAUGCUCUCUCUCUUUCCAAUUCAUGGCCUCUUUUACCACUAUCUUAGUUGUUGCUGAAUUUUACUACCGUGUAUCAUUUCUCUUUUUAAAGUUAUUUUCUGAGUCCCCCGCUCCCAGUGUUUCAUGUAGAGAAAGAGAAAAUUUGUCUGGAUCUACCACACAUAGAUACCUCUAAAAUGAGCAUUUUCUUAGGUGAGUGCUGUGCUUUGAUAUCUUUCUUAGAUGUGAGUAUGCUCCUGGGAUUCUGUUGGAAAGGGAGAGAAGAAAGUAUGCUUAAAAUUUAAAUAUCAUUGGGUGCCAUCUCCAAUUCUGAUUCCAGCUCUGUCAAUCUAGCAAAGUUUGGAUAACUGUCUUUAGCGUGCUGUUUUUCUGUCUCAGUUUUUCAAACACUGAGUACUAAAACAAAGGCUCCAACUACUCCCAGGUUCUAUCAAGCUGUUAUUAGGUCAAUGGGAAGUCACUUUUUUUUUUUUAACAGGAAAACCACAUUAGUCAUUUGAAAGGGCACUAAAACCUGCUCGUGGUUGUGUGUCCUUCGUGACAGUGUUUUAAUUGAGAAAUUGAUGGGGUUGUUAUUGUUAGAAUUCAAGGAAGCAAUGUUCAAUACAUAGACAUUUGAUUUUUGAACAGAUUGCAAUUUUGUUAAUGUUUUCUCAUUCUGCAAAGAAGCUUUUGUCCUCAGGGUUCCACAUAAAGUCAUUUUGUUAUAUUUGCUGUGAUGGCUCAGGGUAAGAAAAGAACAAGAACACUAACACAAAGGGGACUUUUUUCAACAGAAAGAACAUUUAUGUUUAGAUUUCUCACUGGGUUUUGUUAGGAUUCUCACCUAACUGCAAUUUAAAAAUAUGUUUCCAACUAAGAAUUUACUAGAACUUUUUUGAAGUACGCAUAGUUGCAAGCAUCAAAAAAUUAUUAGCUUUAAAAGUCUUUAAAAAUAAAGACUUAGAGUCAAAGGGGGCUAAAAAUGUCAUUGGCCCCAACUUUUUGCUAUCUACUCUAUCCUCUAUUUGCUAAACAAUUAGUAAUAUUUAUAUUUUUUAUCCAUUGUAUAACAGCAUUACAGCUAACAGUUGCUUUAAAAUACACAUACUUUCCACCAGUUUCCUUUGAGUAGAAAGAGUUAAGCCAAAGGAAAACAUGACUACCCCUUUUCUAGAGUCAUCAUGUAUUUUCCUGACUGGCACACCCACCUGAAAGGUAUAAGGACAACAUAUAUGUAUUCUAAAUCUUAAAGAGUUUUUAAACAUUUAGAUGAUAUCAGUUUCUAAAGUUGGCUCAACUGUAGCAAUUGAACAAGAGAUAAAUUCAGAUGCCUCUGUGCUGAAUAGAUUCAUCUUUACUGUUAGUUUGUUUUUUUCUGAGCAAAGGACUCACCCAUGUGCUGACUCAAGUCCCCAGAGGAGAAUUGGGUGAAAUGUGAUCUUGACAAUGAAGUUCCAGAGUUGCCACUCUUUGAUGACCUGUCCUUGAUUUCCAUGUCUCUCCAUUCUAAAGCUUAGAUUGUCACUAAAGUGUUUUCAAAUUUUACUUAUUUAAAAGAUUUAUCAUCCAUAGCUCAAUAUUAACUAGGAGUUACAGUCCUUUUGUUAGUCUCUAUUCACCUCUGUUUUUCUGCGCUAAAACAUAAAUUAAUUUUCCCCACAUUUAUAGAGGUUCUCUUUGUAUCUCCUGGACUUGACUCAAUUUUUCUCAUUUAGGAUAUUUCUAGAAUGAGACACUCAGAUGUUAAGUCAGUUGACUUUUAAAAAUUAAGACAAAGAAACGCUUUCUCUAAAGCUAAAAUAUUUUAAGUAACAAAUUAAUUACUUGAAUAGUGAUACCUAAUUAUAUUCAAUACAUCAAUGUGUUAUGCUGUGCCCCUUUAAACUGUGAUUAAUAACUUUAAUUUUCAAAGUAUUUUAUGCUCAAUCGAUGCUUCUCAGCUGUCUGAGAAGGGUCGUGUCCGAAGGUCCUGAAGCAAGAUGGGUUUUUCCCACACUAUUCUUUUAUCUCUUGUACCUCAAAAACACUCAGGAAGGCCAACAUACCCAGAGCGUUUCCUUGCUUACGUUAUCUUUAGAGUACUAAAAUUGAUUGAACUCAAUGAUGAAGUUGGACAUGUUCGUGAAUUUGGAUAUAGAAAGAAUAGGUUAGCCCAAACUUGUUUACAUGGCAAUAGAAGUUGUGGCUGGUUCUAGAUUAUCAUUAAAGUGCCGAGUCAUGCUAUGUAGGGAAGAGCCAUGAAUCAGAAAUUUUAAAGUACCUACCAUGGGUCGUAUGUCCUGAGAGUACUUAUACGCUUUGUAAUUUAAGAUUUUCUGUCUCUUGCUUCUUAAUGCAAGGUGAUUUGUAUGCUUUGUGGGAGUCAAAACCACUCAGGGAUUGGAUAAUGAACCGGAGAUAUCACAGCCUAGCGGAGAGAAGUCAAAUCCGUGUGCUUCUUCCCCUUAGAUCUAGAAGUAAGUGAAUGUUAGUUAGGCUCAUAGUUACUGAGUAUUGCCUGCACUAAUCAAGGUAGUUAAAUAAUCAUAUUUAAUUCUGCAGCAUUCCUAUGAAGAAGUAAAUUAAGGAACUUAAGUAGGAUUGCAGUACCUAAUUAAUAAACAACAGAUCAGUAAAGCUGGUAUUCAAACACAAGCAGUUGGACCUUAGAAAAAUAUCUUCCUGCAUAAUCCUUGGGCUAUAAGGACAGACUUUUCCAGCAUGAAUUCCAAUUUUUUUCAGGACCUAUACAGUCAAAGAUUCUCUAAAUAAAAAGAAUUAAAACAAAACAAAACAAAACAAAGCUGUACCCUGUAACAUCAAUGCUUGACUUUCCUGGUGGCCAGAGUAAAUGGCAGAGAUUGAGAACUGUUGUGAAUAAAAUCAGCCAUGAUCUAAAAACUGAAUUUCCCUUCACUUCUCCCAGAAGCUGACAGGCACCAAUGGGGAUGAAAUGGGAAAAGUAGUUACAAUAAGAGACAAAAGUAACACAUGACAGGUAUGAGUAUUUUAGGUUGUCUUUCCCAGAUGAAUUUUCACCUAAGAAGGGUUUUUUUUAAUAUAUAUAUGUUAAAGAAAACAAUAUAUGCUUAAGAUUUUUUUCUUUCUGUAGUUUAGGUGAGACAUCAGAAGUCUUUCUUUAAAAUUUUUUUGACUCACUGUGUUUUAAAUAGAGUUUUCAAGCCUUUUUAUUGAUUAUACUGAUGACCGUUUCUUGCCAAAGCACUAUUAAAUGCAUCUUCAAAUGACCAAUUUCUGUUUAGAAUGGAGUCUUAUGUUCUCACCCAAAUUUAACGUGCUUGUUACCUAUCUGUCUCUAUAUAGACAGAUAGAUAUAUAUUUGCUUUAAACAAAUUAAUUUUCUCUAACGGAAAAAGUUAAGAUCUAAAGUGUGAUCAAUUUUGUUUUUCAAUCUAUUGAGAUGUUUGAAGGAAGUGUCUUGAGAGAACUAAAGACAGAUAGGACAUGGCCAACUCACAGUGCAGAGGUCUCAACCCAAGCUACUCUAUGCGUGACAGGAGGCAGAGGGAACUAUGAGUAACACGCAGAUUUUGUCUAAGUGGGAGGAUCCCUGGGACUCUAUCCAAAGUUCUCAUGGUUAGGUCACCUUCAUCUUUGGCAUUUUCAUGUAAAUGAGGUGCUACAUGUUCAUUGCUAACCUGUGCUGAUUGUGGCAUUUGGUUAAAGAACACUGCCGGAAAGCUACAGGGUAUUGGGAGAACACUGUUGACUCCUAAGUGAUUCCUCCUUGUGAGAUAUCUUUUUAAAUAGUUUUUGUUUGGUUAAUUUUGAAAUCACAUGCUACAACCGUGGUUUUGAUUUGAAUGAAACAUUGUGAACUAGUUUGAAAACUUGUCAGUUAUUUAGGGCUUUUAACAUGAGAGGAUGCUUUUCUACCUACUUCCAAGUUUACCAGUUUGGCUUCAAUCCAGAAGUCCAAGUCCCUAAAGUACCUGGGUGAUUGGUUUGCCUCUUGAUUAGAUGGUUUCCAGACAACACAUUUAUGCAGAAUCAUUGGUUGAUGAAGAACCAGCACAAACAAGGGGGGAUAAAAUCUAGCUCAAUGACUGAAUAAAGCAGAUAGAAUAUUUAUAGUUAAUAACUGAUGUAAAAAACACAUUGGCAAGUAUUGUAUCCUUAUUCUCAGCUAAAUGAUCUUGGGCAAUGUAAAAUUGAGCCACCUCUUCCCAUGGUGAGGUACUUCGCUGAGUAAAGGAAAUUGAAAAGUGUUGAAAGAGUUGGUUCCAGACUUUUUCAACCAAAAUGCUAUGAAAAUAUUUCUGAUAGUAGCCCAGUUGAUCAAGUAGGAAGGUGAGCUAGGCAGUAAACUAUGCAAAUUAGAAUGACUGAUAUUUUUUAGUUUUGUGUCCAAGUUUGACUGAACUGAGUCUUUAAUAUUGGUCUAUUUUAUCUUCUAAGAGUGGAUUAUUAAAUAAAAUCUCAAUGUACUUUAUUUAAAAUCAGUUAUCUAACAUAUUUCAUUUCAGAAAUUUUAGUGGCAGGGACUGCUUUCUGACCCCCAGGGGGAAUGUUUGAUGCUGUGAGUCUCAGCAUCUCCAUCAGCAACAUGAGAUGUUAAGUUGGCUCGGUUUUUAUAUCGGAUCCACUGGCUUCCCUCUAUAGCAGCCUCCUUCUGUGCUAAAGCUCAUUAUAGUUAGAGGGAGGGAAAAUUCAUGCUUUACCUAAGAAACUGACUUAAACUCUCAUUGUCAAUGGAUAUUUCCCUCUCUGGUGAAAGGGUUAGGGUAAGUUGGACAGUAGGUUAGAAUCAUUUCCACACCUACAUGUUGUGGUAAGAAAUUCUGUUACAACUGGCGGUUGUUUUCUGUUGUUUAUUGAGAUGGCAGUGACUUCAGGAAAUGCUUGGUACUCAGACAAUACUACUGAAUUAUCCAUAUCUAAGAUACAUUAAACAUUAUUUAUUUCUUUUGACUCUAUGUUCUACUGACUUUGUGUACACCAGUGAUACCAUUUUGUACCUUACAAUGUAAACUCCUGACUGAUCUUGCUACAGGGAUUUAUUUUUUUCAAGUUCUCAAAAAUGUUUCUGCCACUGUAACCAUAUUUGUGGAUAUUAAAAAUGCUUCCUAAGGGUUAACUCGGUGGAAAUAUUUGGUUUAUGUAUUGGAUAAGGAAAUUUGGUUUAUCUAUUGACUAAAGAACACUUCAUGGAAGAUAUUUUUAAUACCAAUAUGUUAAACAGUACUUGUCUAUAGUUUUCAAAAUUUGCUUCAUGCUAGGCUGAUCAUGUUUUUCUACUUAAAUCAAGACAUUGCAGUGUGUAAUAUAGAAAUUUUGUAUGUACUAUUGACUUAUUGCUCAACUGCUUAGAGAUUAUGUGAAAACAUCUUAAAUUGGAGACUUUAAGGUCAAUUCUGAAAUAUUGUGAUCAAAUUCAAUUGCAGUUGGGAAGUUUGUCACAAUUUCCACUUUAUUGAAAGUUUGUUCUAAAGAAAUUGUUGUUUCCAAAAAUGAAUUGGCAGGUGGAAGUUUCUAACCCAAAAUAAUCCUGGGUUUUAGCACAAUAAACUGUAUUUCAUCAGGGAGGAUUAACUUUGCUUUUUUUCACACUUUAUUUAAAUGUGGAUAUUUUUUCAUGAUACAAAAUAAAAUGUGCAUUUUAUGGA